CCUCAUUUCUACUUUCUCGAUCAAUCUUCUAACGUUCCACAAUCGAUCGAAUCAUCCAGCUGAAUUCGCAAAUUUCCGUUACUGGGUUUCGUAAAGGAACACACUUUCGUCUCAUCUGAAUCGUGAUUGUUCGAGAGAGAAGAAGAAGAAGAAGAAGAGGAGAUGGUCGGUGGAGGAAACAGGAGAGACGAAGGAUCGAUGAGACCGAUUCAAAACACGAACUUGUUCGCCGCUUUGGAUACUCGGAGGAAGAAGAAGAAGUCCGAUAAGGGCAAAGGCUCCUCCGUCAUUAAGGAGCCUGAGCCACAGGUCUUCUGGGCGCCUACUCCUCUAAAGGCUAAGGCUUGGGCUGAUAUUGAUAGUGACGAUGAAGAUGAUGACUAUUUCGCUACCACUGCUCCUCCUCCUCCUCAGCCCUUGUGGAGUGCUUCCGAUGCAAAAGAGGUUCACGUUGAGGAAAGUGAAAGUGAAGAAGAUGUUCUUGAUGAAGGUGAUGAUGAUGAUGAUUUGGAGGAAGAGCAUGAGACACAGGUUCAUCCAGAAGCAGAGCCUGAGGUGAAAAAGGCUCCUGAAGUUCCUGCACCACCUAAGGAGGCAGAGAGGCAGCUUUCCAAGAAAGAGAGGAAACAGAAGGAACAAGCUGAGUUUGAUGCUUUGUUGGCAGAUUUUGGAGUUGCACCCAAGGAUAGCAAUGGUCAAGAUAAGCAAGAAAAGAAAGAAGUCAAUGGAGAUGGAGAGAAGAAGGAGAGCACAACGGGAGAAUCAAAGGCCUCAAAGAAGAAGAAAAAGAAGGAUAAACAGAAGGAAGUAAAAGAAUCAUCUCAGGAUGAAGUAAAGAGCAAUGCAGAUGCUGCUGCAGGUGAUUCUGGUGAGCAGGAGAACGAGGAGGCUUCUUCUUCCAUGGAUAUCAAAGAACGGCUGAAGAAGAUUGCAUCAGUGAAGAAGAAGAAAUCAAGCAAAGAGACGGAUGCUGCUGCAAAAGUUGCUGCACAGGAAGCAGCUGCUAGGAAGGCGAAGCUGGCUGCCGCAAAGAAGAAGAAAGAGAAGAGUCACUACAAUCAACAGCCAGUGAGGUGAUAUCAAUCACCCAAACAACCCACCCACCCGUUUUGAUAUAUGAACUUGUGUUUCCCUCUUUUUUUUUUUUUAUUCAUAUGAGACUUUGCCUUGAAAGGAAUGUGGUUGGGUCGUACUAUUAGAGACAUGACUUCGAUCCUUUGCUUCUUUUAGAACCAUUUAAAGAAACAUUAUGCAUCAAGCUGUGAUGUUGUUAUUGCUAAGCAAGUUACUUUUUUAUUGACUA